CGUGAUUAUUGAUGUGAGAUUAUUGAUGUGAGCGUGUAUGUAAAAGACGUGUAGAGAAUGAGGUUUUGAAUUUCUGCUUUUGUACCGUUCUUUUAGGUUGAAUAUGGAUGACAAUGAAAUGUAUGAACAAUUUUUCUCAUUAUCUACCCCACCACAAUCGCCAAAUAGUGCACGAUCACUAUCCCCAACGAGUAGUAGUUCCUGCGAUUCAAUAACAUCAGUAUGGGAUGGAUGUAAUAAUCAACAGGAUUGGAGUGCAUUACAUCUGCGAUAA